CAGAGAGGAGGUUCUUAGAGACUGAAGAGGAUGAGGAGAAUGCUGACUUAUGUUACGAUGACUUCAUUGUUGGACAACCAAUUCAUGAGCAACUUAUGGGAAUUGAUCGUAACAUUGAGGAAGACGACGCUGAAUACAUUAGAAACGAUAUCAAUGAGGGAAUAUGGGUCAAUUGUGAUUCAGGCAAACAUAAACAAAAAAAGAAAAGAAAACGUGUCUAAUUGGUAACUUGAUAUAUAGAUUACUUUAUAUUGUGGUUGUGAAUGGUCCUGAAUACUUAACAAUUUGUUUAUGCUUUUAAUAUUUCAUAUACACUACUUGUUAUAUAUAUAGCUAACUUUGAAGUUUGUUUGUUAAUGGUGUAGACAUGGCGAACUCGGAAUCAGGAUCUGAUUCGGGAGCAGAAAAUGAGUGUCCAACCACAAUACCUACACGAGGGCCGACGCAAAUGAAUGAAAUAUCCAAACUAAUGGAUCAGGGCAAAAGAGUGGCCCUCAAAGUUAAUGAUAAAGGUCAAUACUGUGGAAAAAGCUAUGCGAAGCUCGUAUCCACUCUAGGAGUCAGAUGUCGGCAGACAAUAGGGUUGGCCUAUAAAAACUGGAAAGAAGUCAACCCGACUCUGAAAAAUAAAGUUUGGAAAGACAUUCAGACGGGGUUCAUUGUGCCGGACACCUUCAAACAUGAUUGUCUCAUCCUAGCUGGGAAGUUAAUGAAAGACUUCAAGAAUAGGAUGACAAAAGACAUCAUAAUGCCCGCGUUGAAAGAGAAUGAUCUGGGACGACUGGCACAAGUCCCUGAAAAGCACCCCGAGAUCGACGCUGCUGAUUGGUGCAAAUUUGUUGAAAGUCGACUAACUCCUGAAUUUCUGGAAUUGAGUAAGGUGCAACGUGAACGUUCCUCAAAAAUUCAAUCCAGACAUCGAAGUGGUCGGAGUGGAAUGGUGAACGUACGGGAAGCUGUGAAAAAGGACCUCGAAGUUGCAGAUCCCCCCCGCCACCGUGUUUGGAUUAAAUCUCGCACCAAGAGUAGAAAACUUGUCACUGAUUACAACAAGGAAAUUGCAGAGAAGAUAGUAAGUAUAUAUUAAUCCUUAAUUGAGUUCUACUCAUGAGUUAGUGUAUAUAAUUCAUAUACUAAUUGCUUGAAUAUAUGCGUGCAUUAGGCUCAAUUAGAGGAGAAGCUUAGUCAGGGACAAAUUCAGGUCCAGGGCCAAAAUGAUAUCCUGACGCAGGCGCUGGGGACACCAGAGCAUCCUGGACGUGUCAGGGCUGCUGGGUAUGCUAUUACUUCAAAUGUUAUUUAUUUAGUUACACAAAUAAAAUCGUUGCUAAUUUGCAUUUUAUGAUUUGUAGGUUCCUGACCAGGGCAUCUCAACUGUUCGGCAGGAAGAAAAGGGAAGUGUCUGAUAUUGUGGCUCGGCAAGCGAAGGAGAUUGAAAAAUUAAAAGCCGAAGUCCAAUCCCUUAAGCAGCAGAGGAACGCUGCCGAACAAGAGGAAGAAGGAGAGGUGGCUGGUGAGGCGUAUGUUCCACAACCAUACGCUCCUCAGGAUGAGGUACAACAACAAAUUUAUGCUGAGGAGUUUAUUUCCCUCAAUGACCAAGGUAUCCUAUACAAUUUUUAUGACCAUGCGGCCCUUAAUCAGCAAGUACAUCUCUGCUCUUACAACAUCGACAAUAUUGUGGCCCGAGAGUAUUUGUACGAGCAUGUGGGUAUGAUCAAAGUUCACUGCCAGGAGUACGAUGAUUCACAUGCCCGGAUUAUGGUUUCGGAAAUCCUGCAAGAGGACGCUGAAAUCCCAGUCCCAAUUGAAGAGUGCAGAUAUGUUAGGGACGUAUACCAGAUGUUCCUUCCUUGGCCUAAACACUUAAUUUUAACAACCGAGGUAACUUCUCAACUCAAAUUAAUUAUUAAUGAUUGGUGGAGUUUGAAUAUCUUCAAUAUUCAUCCGUAGUGAAGUAGGUUCUGCGAAUAUAUGUGCUGCGGUGGGAUGGAUGAACAAACUACUCUUAUAUAUGUGUUAUUUUUCGUUAUACAGCCAAGUUCAAAAUUUUUGGGGUCAUUCAAUUACAACCGUUAUGCUGCCGAAAUUUCGGUAGAAUUUGGAUAAAAUUUGAUAUAUAUAUAUAUAUAUUAUGUUUUGUUUUGUUUAGGGUCCACUCGCUCAACCGCCCUCAAGACGUGAUGCGUCAAAGGGGAAAGCUUCGAUGCUUUCUUCACAAGGCCGUGGUGCACGGGAAGAUGACUUGUUCACGGAAAAGAAGAUGGCGUUGAUCCCUAAUUCGCUAAAAUGGAUGAUUCAUGAAUUCCUGAGGCUCAAAGAUAAACGUGAUAUAAUCACAAUUCCUGUCCCCCGAGGAUUCAUUGCACCGCGUACCCAGAUCACGUUAUCUGGAGAGGAUUUGCAGCAGGUUGCUACAUGUGACUACAUCGACAACCAGGGAAUGCUGUUUGGAAUGAUGUAUACUCUUCUUUAAUCUAAUUAACCUUAUAUCAAAUUAUAGUCAAAUUAUUACAAGACACUAACACUUUUUUUGGCAGGCACAUAUGGGAGAGCAUCAACGGUCUGAGGAAAAUUUUCAAGUUUUACGACCCAGAGCUUCUCGUAGUGCAUGGGAUCACCGAUGAAGAACAGAGUCAGUCUUUUGACGAUGCGGCAAGACGAUUGGCUAAUUGGUUAUCAUUAAUGAAUAACAACCAACAAAUGUUCUUUAUUCCUUGGAAUAUCAGGUAAACUUUAUUAAAUUCUUUAGUGCUAAUUGUUCAUUUCUAUAUUAUGACUUCAAAUUAUUUUUAUACUAUCUUACUUAUAU